GAUAGCAGCCCCAGUCUCCCUUUUUCUAUUCUCUUUCUCUGUCUGAAUUGCGACAAUCGCUCCAAGUUUGAAAUAUUAAAGAUAAAAACCGUAGGUAGGAAGAGUUGACAAUGUUAAAACAAACAAAACAUCCACCAAACGCCACCGUUUCGAAAGCCACAUAUCACUUUACUCACCCUCUUGCCUCCAUCUUCUACAAGCUCGAGUUGGAGCUCACUCUCUCUGGAUCUUGUGCUCUGAAGAUUUGAUCUUUUUUCUAACUUUGAUUCUUAGAAUCUCAGUUCUUGCUAAUGGGAGCAUACUCUGAGAUGGAGCAGGUUGAAGUUACUUGUGUUUUGCUAUGAAAAUUUGAGACCUUGAUACUUCAUUGUUUUGAUUUUAACUGCAAAAUUAUGAUGAAAACAGAAGAGCACAUUCCAAGAACUAUACCACAUCUGUACACGAAUUCAUUACUUGUGAAGUUCACAGAAUAACCAUCAAUAUGGGGUACUCCAUAAGAAGUUUACCAAAAAUGAAGAAGUGGUCUGGAGGCUUGAUGAUUGUAGCUCUUGCUAUGGUCUUGGUUUUCCGGUACAGUCUCAUUGCAACUAAGCCACCAGCAAGUCCAGCACCGAAUCAUGAUUCGGCUUAUGGUUUCUUCAAUAACCAUCCACCAAAUGAUCCUUAUGAGGAGACUGAUCUACCAAUCCUUCCUGAGAUAAGAGUGAGACCGCCAACACCACCAUUUAAGAGGCCCCAUGUUGUCAAUCUUGAAGGACUCAAUGAGCUUUAUGGUUUUCAAAAUUUAUCAGUAGGAGAUUCAAGUCCAUUGCUUGUGUGGGCUCACAUGCGCUCUGUACUCGCCAGGUCUGAUGCUUUGCCUGAAACUGCUCAAGGGAUCAAAGAAGCAUCUGUAGCAUGGAAAGAAUUAGUUUCUAUAAUAGAAGAGAAGGCCUCCCAGUUAAGCCACAUGGACAAGUCUGAAGAUAAAAAUUGUCCUUUCUCUGUAGAUGAACUUCAGAAAACAGCAUUGGGUAAUGAAAUGGUUCUUGAGCUCCCUUGUGGCCUUGUUGAGGAUUCUUCCAUUUCAUUGGUUGGAAUUCCCGAUGGGCCUAACCGGAGCUUUCAUAUACAACUUCUGGGUUCUCAACUUUCAGGGGAGCCCAAGGCUCCAAUUAUCUUGCAUUAUAAUGUUUGCUUGCCUGGAGAUAACAUGACUGAGGAGCCAUUUAUAGUUCAAAACACAUGGACUAAGGAGCUUGGAUGGGGCAAAGAGGAAAGAUGUCCAUCUCACAAGUCAACUGACAGCUCAAACGUUGAUGGACUUGUUCUUUGCAAUAAACAAGUUUUCCGAAGAUCGUCAGAACAAAAUCAGAACGCGAGUCAUCCUAGUAGUGGCAUGCUGACCAAUGUUUCUAGGGGAAGAGACCGUGAAACUGCCAGUUUUCCAUUUGUAGAAGGGGUUCCCUUCACUUCCACAUUAUGGGCAGGCAUGGAGGGAUUCCACAUGACUGUCAAUGGAAGGCAUGAAACAUCAUUUGCUUAUAGGGAGAAACUAGAACCAUGGUUGGUUAGUAAAGUCAAAGUGGCUGGUGAUUUAAAUCUCUUGUCUGCAUUGGCCAAAGGCUUGCCUGUUUCUGAAGAUCAUGAUGUAGUUAUUGAUGUUGAGCACCUCAAAGCUCCACCAAUCCCAAAGAGAAGACUUGUAAUGUUGAUUGGGGUCUUUUCUACUGGAAAUAACUUUGAGCGUCGAAUGGCACUGAGGAGGUCUUGGAUGCAAUAUGAUGCCGUACGUUCUGGGGAAGUAGCUGUCCGAUUUUUCAUUGGCCUUCACAAGAACAAACAAGUAAAUUAUGAGCUGUGGAGAGAAGCUCAAGCUUAUGGAGAUAUCCAACUGAUGCCAUUUGUUGAUUAUUAUAGUCUGAUCAGUUUGAAAACGAUUGCAAUUUGCAUCAUGGGGGGAAAAAUCCUCCCUGCUAAAUAUAUUAUGAAAACAGACGAUGAUGCUUUUAUUAGGAUUGAUGAAGUUCUAUCCAGCCUUAAGACAAAGGCAUCUGAUGGUUUAUUGUAUGGUCGUAUAUCCUUUGAAUCAUCACCCCAAAGGGACAGAGACAAUAAGUGGUUCAUUAGCGAUGAGGAAUGGCCUCAUGCUUUAUACCCACCAUGGGCGCAUGGUCCAGGUUAUGUUAUCUCUAGAGACAUUGCCAAGUUCAUUGUUCGCGGGCACCAUGAAAGAAACCUCCAGCUAUUCAAACUAGAAGAUGUUGCCAUGGGCAUAUGGAUUGAACAAUUCAGGAAUAGUGGUAAAGAAAUGCAUUACAUCAAUGAUGAAAGGUUUUUCAAUGCUGGAUGUGAGUCAAACUAUAUUCUUGCUCAUUACCAAAGCCCAAGACUAGUCCUAUGCCUUUGGGAAAAGCUGCAAAAAGAACAGAAGCCCAUAUGUUGUGACUAAAGUGUCAUAAUGAUAAUCUUUCUGGGGUUUCUUUGAAUGGGAUUUGAAUUGUACAGGUAUUCUUCAACUUGAUUAGGUUGAACUUAUCAUGCUUCAACCUGUUUUUUCUUCAUUCUUUACAUUCAUUCCACAAAUUUGUGUAGAUUUAUCUCCUUUGUAUUAAUUGCAACUUGUCCUAUACUCUUAUCUUCA